GGCACUCACCGAUACAGUUUAAAAUCACGUGUAUUUUUGGACAUAGAAUUUUAUUUUAUUUUUCGUCGUUCGUUUGUAUCUGACUUUUAUUUAGCAAUGGAUCGUUGGUUAUUUGCUGGUUACGUUUUGUUAUCGAUUUUUGUGGACAGUGCUAUUGUACCCCGAAGUUACCGAUUGGACUUGCACCCUUACCCCGGCGAUGGUGUUUUUAAAGGUAGAGUUCGCAUUGACAUCAUUUAUAAUGAUAGUCGACCGAUCAAUACCUUUACACUGGACGCGCAUUCUUCACUUAACUUGGUCGAACGUGAGGUUAAAGUCAUUUCUUUACCGAGUCUGGACGAGCCAGAAGUGGUGUCCACAGAAAACCGGUAAGUACUAUAGUAAACUAUACUUUGGUUUUGUUUUAAAAAUGACCAUAGCUAUGAUUUUUGUUAAAAAUAUUUUUCAGCUCGCUAACCAUCACUAAUCUAGAAAGACGAAAAGAUAUACACAAAUUCCAAAUAACUACCAAAGAAAUGUUUAAAAAAGAUGUCACGUACCAAGUUGAUAUAUUAUUCGACGGAAUUCUGGGAAGCGAUUCGUCUAGUACGUUUUAUCAAUCUACUUACUUGGGAUCGAGACAUUCCCAACAAAAGAAGUAAGUUUUUAAGAACACGUGUACCCAUGUGUAUCCCAUUUAUACCCUUUGCACUACUUAUGUUGUGGAAAUAACAAAUAAGAAUAUUAUUUUAAAAUGAUUUUUUUUUGUAGGUGGUAUGUAGCUAUGAAUUUGUUGAAAGGAGGUGGAGCGCACCAUGUAUUUCCUUGUUUUAACCAACCUAGUUUAAAAGCGUGGAUUGAGUUAUCGGUAGCACAUAAAGGAGAUUUUCGUGUUCUGACAACUAUGCCAUUGGUCGAUACGACAAAUGUGUACGUUUAUUGUUACCUAAAUCAUAAUAUUAGAUUAAAAAAUAUCUGAAUAUAAAUUUACUUUUUUUUGUAAACAAUUUACAGGACUUCGGAAGGCGUGUGGGUACGAGAUCAUUUUUCUAAAUCUCCACCAAUGUCUGUUAAUUCUUUGGGAAUGAUUCAAUCUGAUUUAAGACGUCCGAUGACGAAUGGCGGUGAGUUUCACUGCACAAAAACGAAUGGGAUUCGUAAUAAUAAUUAUGAUUAUUUAAAUCUAUUUAUAGAUAAUAGAAGAACUAAAAUUAGUGCUUGGGGUAAAGAAGAUGCUGUAAGAUCUUUGGUUACGAAUCAAAGAAUGAUUCAUGUCGUUUUGGAAUGCAUAGAAGAGUACAUGGCGAGGCCGUAUCCAUUACCCAGUAUAAAUUUAGUGGCACUCCCUGGUUACACGAACGAUAAACCUAUCGAUACUUGGGGCUUGCAAAUGUUCAGAGAAAUGGACCUUUGUAGAAAACGCGACGAAUUUUGGGUAGCUCAUAAUUUAGCUAAACACUUGUCUAAUCAGUGGACCAAUCAUCUUACAACACCAAUAUUUCCGACAAUCAUAACUCAAGCGUUAGCAAAAUUUUUAGCCGAUAAAAUAGCGUGGCAGGUAAAAUUCUAUUUUAACGUACCUAUAAAUGGUAUAUAUUGGAAUGAUAAUAAUACAUUGAAUUCGAAUGGUUUUUAUUUUAGUUGGAGAAGCCGGUGUUCAAUUCGUAUGUAAGUGAGAUGUAUGGAAUGUAUUUAGAUUAUGACAAACCGGGUUUUGCAGAAAUUAAGUCACAAAUGGAAAAUUUAAACGCUACCAAACGUGAGUAAAUAUUAAAUUAGUCAAAUUAAAACAUCGUAUAAACAAUAAAUUAAAUAAUUUUUUAGUUCGAUUUGUAUUUGGCAUGCUUGAACAUAUAUUCGGACCUCACUCUUUCCGACAAACAAUCCGUUAUUUUAUGUCAAGCAAGUGAGUGUAUAGAGUCAAAUUAAUUAAAUUUAUUUCUGUAGUAUCAUAUAUUUUAUUAUUCAUUUUCUAGUUAAAAACAAAUGUUUUUUUUUUUUUUUGAAAACGAUUAAUUUAUAUCGGUUUAAUUAGAUUUAACUUCUAAAACUUAUUAACAAAGCUAAUUAUUUAUUUUUUUCUUCAAGGGAAUAUCAUGCUUACACUGAAUACGAUUUUUGGAAUAAACUCACUGAUGGGGCCUAUCUUUUAAAUGUAUUAAUCAAAGUAUGUUAAAAUUAAUAUUAAUAAUAUUUAUAAACUGACCAAUUUAAACAAUUGGAGCUUUUUUUUUUAGUACAUAUUUGAAAAGGUACCUUUAUUUAAUCAUUCUUUAAAUAGGAUUCAGAUCCUCUAAAUAUUAUGUAUUCAUAGAUAAAUUAAAUACAUUUAAAAUUUGAUAAUAAAUUCUAAAAAUUAAUAUUUUAGGGAAAAGGUCCUAAUUCUAUUGAACAAAUUGUCAAACCAUGGAUACAAUUUGAUAGGCUACCCGUAGUUACAUUUAGAAGAAAUUAUAUGAAUACAACAGCUCAAGUUAUGCAGGUAUUUAUAACAAUUAAUUCAGUAUUGACUAAUGUCAAAAUCACGAAAUGAAAUUAAUAUUAUGAUGUCAACUAUAGGAACCAUUUGUACUAAAUGAUGACGAGGAUGAUGUAUCGAUUCCGGCAAAAAACACUACCAAUUAUUUAUGGUGGAUUCCCAAUAUUCUAGUUUCUCAAAGUAAUUUGACCGUACCUGUUCGAAAUAUAAGUUGGUUGGAUCCGAUACCUAGUCAGGAAAUAGAACUCAAGGCAUUUAAUUUUUCAAAAACUCAAUUUGUACUUUUGAACCCAGGAAGUUUAGGUAAGUUUUUUUACAGUUUCAAAUAAAAUAAUUUGAUAAACCAAUAAGUUUAUAUAAAUUAUACACACACACAUACAUAUAUAUUGGUUUAAAUAAUUGAUUUGAUUGAACAAUAGUAAUAGUUAAUCAAAUUAUUAUAUUUCAGGGCCAUUUAUAGUAAAUUACGACUUAAAAAAUUGGGAAAUGAUAGCUCAGUAUAAUAAACGGUUUCCCGUCAACAUUCGUCAACAGUUAUUGCAUGAUUCGUUGACAUUAGCGUUGUCUGGUAGAUUGUGUUAUGCGUACGCCUUCAAUGCUAGUAAAUUUAUCGAGCAAGAACCAGAGCCAGCUGUUUGGAAAGUGUACUUUGGACUGGCUAAAAGGUUGCGUGUUAAGUUGCAAGGAACACCGGUGGCACCCAAAUUUGACGUUAGUUUUAAAUUUAUCAAUAAAUUGAAUACCAAUUUCAAAUCGACAUUUUGUUUUUAUACACAACAGAAAUAUUUAAAAAAGAUGUUAAAAUCAGUGAACGCUGCACUUGAACAGCCAGAACACACUGAAUCUAGCUGGAAGGGACAUUUCCGAGUGGAAGCUAAACGAUUGUUAUGCGAAACUGGACAUCCACCAUGUUUGAACGAAGCUCGGGAUGUUCAAUUGAGAACUAAUUCUUCGAAUUUAGACGAAGAUAGAUAGUACGUUAUUUUAAUUAGUCCUACACAUAAUUCAAUUAAAAAUAUACAUUUUUAAACUUUUAUUGACAAACAUUGCAGUUUCUUGGAAAAUUAUUUAUGCACUCUUCUUGGAUAUGGAACACUAGAUGAGUGGGAAUUCGGAUUACACAGGAUCAUGUACUAUCCAAAAAAUAAGUCUCAGACAGAAAGGUUGUUUAUAUUUAGGUCAUUGGCUGGUUGUCCUAAAAACGAAACAAAAUUUGUCAGGUAAGAUGGGUGGAAUUUAAAAGUCAAGUAAUUUUACAUUAAUUAAAUAUGGUUUUUUUUUAUAUGUAAAAGAAUGUUGAAUUUGACAUUAAUGAGUACUGAUCACAAAUUUUCGGAGGAAGAUAUGUUAACAAUGUUGACAGUCAUGAAUUCGGUACCCAUAGGACACAAUACAAUAUUUAAAUUCAUGAUGAAAAACUUCGAAUAUCUGAGCACUAAGUAAAUAUAUAAUAUACUGAAACUAAUUACUUGCUUAAACAAAUAUUUUUAGUAUUAGAAAUUCGAUAUUGUUAUAUUACUAUGACAUUGUUUUAGAUUAGAGAAAACAGUAUGGGAUUACUUCGUUAAAAGUUCAUUUAGUAAUUUUAGAACAGGAGAUGGAUUGAAUAUGGUUAGUAGAUUUCUUUGUUUAUAUCUAAAUUACUCUAAAUUAACGACUGUAACUAUGCAAUCACUUUAUAGGCUAUUGAGUUUUAUCAAAAGAACAAAAGACAUUUUAUUUCUGUGGACGAAAUCAUUAAUACCGGGCUGGAAAAAGCUAAAAUUCAAGUAGAUUGGGUAAAAAAACAUUUGACACCUUUAGAUGGAUGGCUUACUAGAGCGUUACAAGAACCGUGGAUUCCUCAUGAGUUCCAAUUCAGAGAUGUACCAUCGUUCGUUGGAUGAAAUAAUAAAUAUUAUACAACAUUUCUCGCUAUUUUAUAUACAUAACAUUAAGUUAUAAAUUGUAAUUAAAUUUAAUAUU